UAAAUACGCGAGGACCCGAAAGUGACUUUUAAAACCUCCGUCGUCGUUGCUUUCUUCUUAUUCUCUCUCUCUCUCUCUCUCAUUCCUCCGCAGAAUCUUGGCGUUUUGAAAUUUCCCUUCACUUUCCUUUCCUUCUUCUCUCUUUAUUUAUUCAUUCAUUUGGCUCCUCCUUCUUUUUCUUCCUCUGCAACCAAAAUCUGAAUCUGAGGACACCAAACCAACACCACCAUCGAUCCAAAUCCAAUCCAAUGGGUUCGGUUCCCGCAGAACUGAGCUUGGAUUUAAGACCCACUUUCAUCCCCAAAACCAUCACCGAUUUCCUCCGCCACCUCUCCGACAACAACAACCCCCCCGCCACCCUCCACGAUUUCCUCGCCCGCCUCGAAGACGAGCUCCGCAAGAUCCACGCCUUCAAACGCGAACUCCCCCUCUCCAUGCUCCUCUUAAACGACGCAAUUUCAGUUCUGAAGGCGGAAUCGCAGAAAUGCAGGGUCGCGCGUGAUUCUGCGCCGGUGCUGGAGGAGUUCAUUCCGUUGAAGAAGGAGCGUGGUGAUCAGAGCGAGGAGGAGGAGGAAGAGGAGGAGAAUGAUGAUGAUGACGACAACGAAUGCCGGGAUAAGAGGAAUUGGAUGAGUUCUGUUCAGCUCUGGAAUAACAACACUACCACUGCCACCACUAAUAAUAACAACCCUUCUGAUCGCAAACAACUACUUCACAAAUUACAAACCAAGAAAAGUGAAGAAGGGCAAUCUGUGGUUGAGGAUCCUUUUCAGACUUGUAGUAAUAUAAAUGAAGGAAGAAGGGCGUUUAUGCCUUUUUCUAGGUACUCAUCUUCAUCAUCAUCUGUGCCGGUGACGACAGUGGGACUGGGGGCUGCUGCAUCCAAAGAAGAGAAGGAAGAGAGUGUUAUGAAUAGACUUUCUCUUCUGACACCUUCUUCUGUGAAAGAGGGGUGUGGUUCAAGGGGAUCAAGGAGCAGUUCCAACAGGGCUGUUUCUUCUUCUUCUCCUCCCAUGGUUCAGCCGAGUUUGCGUGCGACUUCACUUCAGCAGACUGCUAGGAAACAGAGGAGAUGCUGGUCCCCUGAGUUGCACAGACGAUUUGUUAAUGCCUUGCAGAAGCUUGGAGGUUCUCAAGUAGCAACACCAAAGCAAAUUAGAGAGCUUAUGCAAGUUGAUGGCCUGACUAACGAUGAAGUGAAGAGCCAUUUACAAAAAUAUCGUCUUCAUACGCGGAGAGUUCCAGCUGCAAGUUCUAACCAGCCAGUUGUGGUUCUUGGAGGUUUGUGGAUGUCUCAAGAUCAGUACAAUGACUCUUCAAAAGUUAGCAGUUCAGGGUCAGGUUCUCCUCAGAGUCCUCUUCAUUUGGCUGCAGGGUCCCGGGGAGGAACAUCCCCAACUGAAGGUGACAGCAUGGAAGAUGAUGAAGAUGCAAGAUCCGAGAGUUUUAGUUGGAAAAGUCAUAUGCACAAAGCAGGAAAAGUUGAUGUAUAGGAUACUACUCUCCACCAUGAAUUUUGCAGAUAAAAGUAUACAUGGGAGGAGUUUUACCACUACAUAAUAAUACUACAUGAUGAUGAUACAUAAAAAAAGAGGGUCAACGAUAAGAGGCUGUUGGAGUUUUUAUUGAAGGUUUAGCUUUGCCUUCUAUACUGCGUGAGUUUUGAUAUGAGACUCCGAAUUAAAAUUAUCCUUUUCCACAUCAUAAAAUUCUUUCAUUUCUUUUUGUCAUGGGAACUCUCUGAUGCCCCCUGAAGAAAUUAAUUAGUCCCAUAUUUAGAUGGGUCUCAUCUCUGCAUGUUUGGGUGGACAUUGGCUGUUCUAAUUGCUGGUGGUGGAUGGAUUAUUUCUUCUCAUACUUUUAUUUACACGAAUUUUAGAGAUAUCUUUUCGUAAUUAUUCCUCCUUUCCUCGUA